UUAAAUUUAACAGUUGUUUUAGUAAAAUUGCGUGGUUUUAUUUUGAAAAACGUUUCGUCUGAACCCGGAAACAUUGUGUUUUUGAUUGUAGCUGUGGAUAUUUGUUUAGCAACGGGCUGAGCGUUUCACCACGUUUCGUCUGAAAAAUAUUAUUAUUUAGCAAACGUUAACUGACUGCAAAAGACAAAAAUGUUACAUUGACAGGAGGUAUGUCAAGCAAAGCAUGUGAACGAUUACCAUCAUACAACUGAAGACAUCCGUUUUCCAUUCAGAAACUAAAAUGGCUUUUAGGAGAGAUCGAAAUAUUAGGGAUAUUUAUGAGGAACGGUUUCCAGCAGGAAGAGUGGGUCCAUUUUCAAGAGAAGGUCAAGGGGAAAGGAGACCUCCCUUCGGACGGCCAGACGAGGACUAUGGCCGUAGUUUUGAAUACGAUGGCCCUCGGUUUUACCCAAAUGGUGCCCCUCGCAAUUACCAUGGAGAGGAUCAGAGAGGUUUUCAUGGAGACAGCCAUCACUCAUUUCCAAAUGACCACAGGGGUGGGCCACCCGGUCGAAGGCAGGAAGACUUCCCGUACUACAGAGGGCCAAGAGAGGAGCCACAUGGUGGACGCCAGAUGGACUUUAGACCGAGCAAUCGUGCAGGUCCUCCACCAAAUGCACGAGUCCAGGGUUCUUACCCUCCACCCAGAUCUCUGCCUACAAUGGCCCCUGAUGCAGGAGACGACACCCUCAUGCAGGCCAUAAUGAACCUGGAUAGGGGGGAGGAGCGGGACAACUUGAGAAGAAAGGCGCCGUUUCCUCCAGUACGUGAACGCUCUCCAGCUCGGCGGGAUGUCCCGCCUUCCCCUCACAGUCGGUCGGGGUCCAGCAUAAGCAGCCGCAGCUACUCACCAGAGCGGGGCAAAGCGCAUCCUUUCCCGCCUCAGCAGGGGAAAAGAUAUGAGGAGCCGUUCGGGCCAGGAAGAGGACCGGACAGGGAAAGGCCCCCCGGCCCCUCCGUGAGUGCAUCACGAGAUGGUUCGCCCCAUAGCUCCGUAUCAGCCACUAAGGAGGACGUUACAGUGGUGGAAGGGCCCUCAGAUGAAGUUCCGCCCAUCGUAGAUGAAGCUUCCUCCGUCAUGGAUGACUUUCAAGAACGACGAGCUCAAGCUAUUGCUGCCAAGGCUCGGGAAAUUGAAAAGGUCUAUCGUCAGGACUGUGAGACGUUUGGCAUGGUGGUGAAGAUGCUGGUGGCCAAGGAGCCCACCUUAGAGAAGCACCUGCAGAACCCACUAAAAGAGAACCUGAUUGAGAUUCGUGAGCGAUGCCUCGAUGAUUUGAAAAACUUCAUUUCUGAACUUGAUGAGGUGGUACGACAGCCUGAACCUGCUGUCUAAGGUGGCCUCAUUUUACUCCACCAGCAGUUUUUUGUUUAGUUUUGUUUUUCCCCUUACUGUAUCUACACAAAAGUCCUUAGUUGUUUUUUAUGUUUUAUGUAAAGGCCAUUGUACAUUGUGUACUCGGUGUCCACCUAAAAGGAAUCUUCCUGGUCCGCAACGGGGCAAGGAAAGUGUCUUUAUGUAUUUCAUUUAUGCCGUUCCAUUCAUCCAUUGACACUAGUCGAUGCUAGGUUGUGUAAUCUUUUUGUAACCUUUCAACAUUAAGAUUAAUAAAAAGAAAGAUGGCAAACACAAGGAAAGCAAUGAUAGAAGUGGGGUUGCUCUGUUCCUUAUUUUUUGUGGAAACUAUAGAGUUUAUUAACCCUUUAAGGAUAAUUAAUAGAUGAUGGCAUUUGUACUGAUCAAAUAUGUAUAAAUUGAAAGGGUUCUAUAUUGUUGUUGCCAAUUAACUAACUUGCAUUCAAACCAAUAAGGAAAGCUUAUGAAUGAAUUAUGGUAAGUAAUCUUUAUGGGUUCAGCAAAUUGCUGCUAUCUGUAGUACUGUUAAGCUGUGCGGCUGACAAUAAUGCAUUGUUUUUUAAAUCACAUUUCCAUCCACUAUAUUGUGAAAACCCAACACAAGUAUUUGUGUAGUUUUUUUCUAUGUAUAGUAUUAAUAGUCUUGAACCUACUACAAUGCAUGUUUUUCCUUUUGAUUUAAGCCCUUUUGUGAUUUCAUGUUUGUAAUGAAAUAAAGUUGCUAUGUUUAGUAAUCAUACA